CUUAGGUACUUGUUUCAACCUAGGUAAACAUCGCUUAACAGGGGAGAUCGCAAUUACUGUGUAAUACAUAAAAGACCAAUCUUGUGUCUCCUGUAUCAUCUUUUCUCCGCAUUGUGUUACUAUAUAAUUGCAAUACCUGUAGGAAUAACCAUACACCCUCUUCAUUAAAGACAGGUCAUUUCAGUCUAGACCCUACUAGGUCGAGAAUUCAUCGACGAUCCUUGUUUUUGGGGGCGGCGCUAUCUUCAAUAUGUCUACACCGACAUCGCGAUUAAGGAACAUUCUCAGUCAUCUAGGUCCAGCCACUCCCAAAUCACCAGUCGGAGUUGAUCAUAGUUAUCACAUUCAUCAAUUGUCCCCGACUAUUUUCUUAGAACGGGCGGCUGCUAUUGAACCAGAUGCUCAAGCUAUUUAUCACGUCACCGCCAAUGAUAAAGUACUUCGGAGAUCAUAUCGCGAGUUUGCGGAUCGCGCCAGAGGGUUAGCGUAUUACCUCCAAAAGCAUGGCUAUAAACGAAUUGGCGUGUUAGCCACCAAUACACCCGCUUUCCUUGAAUCAAUAUUUGGUAUAAUCGCUGCUGGGGCGGUCAUUGUGCCUGUAAAUUACCGACUCAAACCGGAAGAUAUUACUUAUAUAUUCGACUUCGCUGAAGUAGAUUCCAUCAUUGUUGAUGAUGAGUAUGUAUCGUUACUAGAUGAAUUUAAGAAGGGUCACCCACAUGUACCCUUCAUCGUCGACCUUGAUACCGAUGCGACAGAAGGCGAACUUUGUGGGCCAUUUGACGAUGCUGUACUUGAAGGGUUGAAAUACGAUCAAGUACAGGGAGGUCACGGGUGGGGUGGCCUUCAUCACGCACAGACUCACGAAGAUGAUAUGAUUGCCAUUCCAUUCACAUCAGGAACUACUUCGCGGCCUAAAGGAUGUGUUUAUACGAACAGAGGUUCGUAUCUUGCGGCGAUGGCUAAUGUAGUGGAAUCCGGAUUGAAUUAUGAUCAAGGACGAUGCAAAUAUCUUUGGACAUUACCUAUGUUUCAUGCCAUGGGGUGGACAUUCCCAUGGGCGGUGACUGCUGUCAGAGGUACACAUUACUGUCUCAGGAAGAUCGACUAUUCAUUAAUAUGGAAACUCCUAAAGGAGGAAGGUGUUACUCAUUUUAAUGCGGCGCCGACGGUGAAUACUUUACUCUGUGCUUCGAAGGAAGCGGAAAGGUUACCGCAGCGUGUUCGUGUUACAGUAGCUGCAAGCCCUCCGACAGCGCACUUAUUUGAACAAAUGACUAAUCUAAACCUACACCCCGUGCAUGUCUAUGGCCUAACGGAAACCUAUGGCCCAAUAACCAAGGGUUAUCACAUGCCGGAAUGGGAAACCCUUCCGAGGGCUGAGAAGUAUGCUAGGAUGGCUCGGCAGGGACAUGGCUUCAUAACGAGUCUUCCGAUCCGCAUCAUUAAACCUGAUCAACCCGAUGGAACUCUCAUUGACGUGGCUAAGGAUGGAAAGGAGCUAGGCGAAAUUGUUUUCUUCGGGAAUAUUUGCUGUAAGGGCUAUUUUAAAGAUGCGGGAGCUACGAAGAAGCUUUUCGCGGGUGGCGCCCUUCAUUCCGGUGAUUUGGCUGUCUGGCGUCCAGAUGGUAGCGCACAGAUCCAAGAUCGAUCGAAGGAUAUUAUUAUAAGUGGCGGAGAAAAUAUAUCCUCUGUCGCUCUUGAAGCUAUGCUUGUACAGCACCCCGAUGUGUUAGAAGCCGGGGUUGUUGCGGUAGCAGACUCUCACUGGGGCGAAAGACCGAAGGCAUACUUAACCAUUAAGGAAGGCAGGACGUUAGAACCUCAGGACAUGAUUGAUUGGGCUCGUAAUCAAAGUGCGAUUAGCAAAUUCAUGAUCCCUAGAGAGGUUGAGAUCGUCAACGAACUUCCGAAGACUAGCACUGGCAAAAUUCAGAAAAACGUCCUUAGAGAGUGGGCGAAGACAGGAAGAAAGUCGUAAUAGGGAGUUAGAAUCUACACUACAUUUAGACAUAGAAGUCCUAAUCAUAUUUGACGACCAUAGGGCUGUCAUUCCGCCUGGACUAUUUCUGACUUAAUGAGGAGUCUCUAGAAUGUUGAUAGCUGUGUUAGAUAGGAUAUACUGGCUGGAUCGAAUCGAGCUAAAGAUCACCAUUUUUAAAUGCCGCUGUGAAUUGCCUAACGAAGGAAUCGGAUGGCUGGAGCAAGGGUCCUCGCAGUCAAU